CGGCGGCCGCUAGUGCCGGCCGGCGGGGGCUACAGGAUGGGCUGCGGGGGCGUUGUGACGGCCGAGCCCGAGGAGCUUGAGCGCCCGGCGCCGGCGCUGCAGAUUCCCGAGGAGGAGCCUCUGCAGCGCAGCGACCGCCCGGAGCAGGAGGCGGCGGCGGCGGCCGAGUCCGCGGCCAGCGGUUGCUGCCCCUGCGUGAUCCGAAAUGAAAACCCCGAAGCUAAGAAGAAAGCUUCCUGCCCUGGACUUGGCUUGUUUUAUACAUUAUUGUCUGCCUUCCUUUUCUCGGUGGCGUCUUUAUUAGUAAAAAAAAUACAAGAUAUCCAUUCAGCAGAAAUUAGUGCAUUUCGAUGUGUGUUCCAAAUGUUACUUGUUCUUCCUUGCUUAAUAUACAAAAAAACGGGGUUUGUGGGACCAAAAGGCAAACGAAUUUUCCUUUUCCUCAGGGGAGUCUUUGGUUCCACAGCGAUGAUCCUUCUCUACUAUGCUUUCCAGUUAAUGCCCAUUGCUGAUGCUACUGUUAUCACAUUUACCAGUCCAGUUUUCACUUCAUUCUUUGCUUGGAUAUAUCUCAAGGAAAAAUACAGUCUUUGGGAUCUUUUAUUCACUAUUUUUGCAAUUGCUGGUGUGGUGCUUAUUGCAAGACCGCCAUUUCUGUUUGGUUCCAGCACAGCUGGGAUGGAAGAAAACUAUUCCUAUCACCUCAGAGGAGCACUAGCAGCUGUGGGCAGUGCCAUAUUUAGUGCUCUGACUCUUGUUAUACUAAGAAAAGUGGGGAAAUCUGUGCACUAUUUCCUGAACAUUUGGUAUUAUGUAGUGAUUGGACUAUUGGAAUCUAUCAUUGUACUCUUUGUAGUGGACGAAUGGCAUCUACCUCACUGUGGGUUAGAUCGGCUGUUUUUGGUAUUAAUAGGACUUUUUGGGUUGGGGGGACAGAUAUUUCUCACUAAAGCAGUUCAGGUAGAAAAAGCAGGGCCUGUGGCCAUAAUGAAAACAAUGGAUGUGGUCUUUGCUUUCGUACUUCAGAUUAUUUUCCUUAAUAAAAUACCAACCUGGUGGACAGUGAGUGGUGCCCUUUGUGUGGUAGCCAGUAGCUCUGGAGCUGUCAUCCGCAAUUGGUGUGAGAAUUCCCAAGCAAAAUAACAGUGCUAAGAUGAACUUGUUGGGUAGAACUUCAUCCCAAUAACAGAAAAUUUUAAGGUGUAUUUUUACUAAUUGGUCAUCUAGUUUAUAAGUUUAAUAAUAGGAACAUAAUUUUGGAAAACAACAUGUGUGUUUUUAAUAGUUUUAAAUGACUGGUUUGCUCAUACAAUUAUGAAUUUUAUCAAAAGAAAAAAAUGAUUCAAUACUUUCAUGACUGGAACCAAAAAAAAGUACAUGUAUGAUGCUUAAUUUUUAAAAAAGUAUUGUCUUUAUUAUGAGCACCUGUGUAGGGGAGAGAAUUAAGGAUAUUUUGAGCAACAUGAGGGCCAAAGUAAUUAAGUGAAUAAAUUCUUAAAUGUAUACAUUUUAGUCAUAGCAAGCAAAAACUUAAAGUAGAAAUAUUGAUUUUUUUAAUAGCUCAUAUCCAUUAAAAAAAAACAACAAACAAACCAAAGCUUAAAUUCAUAAAGUGCCUUUCCAUGCUAAUACUAAAAUUUGAACAAGGCAAAAGCUUCACAUUUUUUUAAGGGGCAAAAAGACCUUAAGUCAAAAUUGGCCAGAUGUUUAAGUAAUUAAACAGUAAUUAUAGUAAUAGCCUACAAUUUGAUUUUCCUUUAUUAUUAUAUGAAAAUGCAUUCAAAUUUUGUUGUUUAUGGUCUCUCAUUUCAGUUUUUCAAAUCAUAAAGGGGAACAAUGUGGCAUAUUUUAGCCACAUUUGCAGCCUAAAGUGGUUUCCUUCCCAGAAAAAGUAGUUUUCUAUAAAUCUCUUUUAGUAUAUAAAGCAAUACCAAGUGGAAAUCUCUCAGGAUUUUAAAUAACUUUUCAGAAUUACUUUUUACAAUAACCUCUAAACCAAAAACAUGGCGUAAGAGAACUGUGGUGUACUUUUAAAAGCCAAUUUUUCUAAGCAGCAUUAGUCAUCCUAAUUUGUGAAAGAAGUAGGGUUUUUCCAAUGGAAUUGGAAUGUGGUUUCUUAUUUUUUUAAUGUCCAAACUUUUUGUCAUUAUCUUCAUGACACCUUGAAUGGAAAAAAUAAAUAUCUCACUGUACAUAAAAGUAAUGGACAAAUAAUUGCUGAUAUGUUAUUGAAUGUUGUGUGUAGUAACUCUAGGGGCUUUAAAUGGUACUAGGGGUUUAAAUAAAACAUUAUAUAUGUAGUAUUCUGUCAAGCCAGAAUUUACCUUGCCUUCAAAUGGAAGAACUGUAGUAUCCAGAAGACUAUUUGGUAACUUACUUGUUAAGUAACUUAGUGUCAGAUGAAUGGAUUUAGAGAUGGAAGACCAGAUUUUCAAUUUCAGUUAUUGCUGCUCAUAAUUUUUGAGCCCUGGCCAGGUCACUUACCUCUAAGUUUUCUAUUUCCUCACCUAUAGAACUUUCAGCUCCAAAUGUUAUAAAACUAGUAUGAUUUCUGUGUUGAUACUAAGAACUUCUCUAAUAAGUAUAUGAUGACAUUUAACUCCCUCACCACCCCAAGUUGACUUUUCUGUUAGCAUAACCUUUGAGCUACUGAGUUAAAAUAACACAACUUCUUUUUCAUUUUCUGCUCAUUUAUUCUGAAGGAGCAGGAAUUUGAGGUCCUGAUGCCUGUAUGAGAUUUUAUUUUUCUUUCUGGAAAUAAUCAUGACAAUAAUUUUUUUUUCCCUCCCAGUCCUUCCUGAUUAAAGAAUUGCAAAGGAAAAUUAAACAAAGAUUAAUUUUUGCCUAUAUUAUUGACCUGGCCUCUAAUGUAUUAGUUGAAAUGUUUGUAGACAUUUCAGUUCCUAACUGUCCCUGAAAUCAUCUAAUAUUGGAACUGGGAUUUCCGAUAUUUAUCAAAUCCUAGUGAUUCUCAAAGUAUGGUUUGGGGGCCCUCAGGACAUCCUGAGACCUUUUUAGGAAGACUGUGGAUCAAAACUAAUUUCAUAAAAAUACUUAGCUGUUGUAAUUUUUAAUAUGAUAAAUAUCAAUAGAUACAACCCUCAUAAAAGCUCUUUGGUGUUCCUUGUAAUUAAGAUUCUAAAAGGAUCUUGAGACCAAAAAGUUUGAGAACCCAGUGACUCAUACUCUUACAUAUCCAGAGAAAGGAUUUGACUUGCUCCUACAUUUUUUAUGUAUCAAAUUUACCUCUCCUAAUACAUGGUGAAGCAAGGUAAGUAAGCUACUCUAUACUCUUCCCAAAGAUGAAUUAAGCCUCAUAGGGAAUGCACUGAUAAAUAUCUUAUCCAAUGCAGGGUCCCCUGGGAUUCUGAAAGCUAAGUCACUUUGAACUCACACAUGGAAAGUUGAUUUCAUCAGUGUAAUUUAAUCACUAGGAGACCUUAUUGAAAGUUUACUGCUUUUCCAGACUUUUGCUUCAGUCCUUCAUCCUUGGAACUCUGAAGAACUUACUUUAGAGUUGUGACUUUUUAAAAAAAGGGCUUAUAAUGUUUAAAAUAUGCAAAAGCCUUUGUGUUGUAAAGCUAUUUUUGGCAUAUGUAUUUUGUAGAGAUUGUUAUCAUUUCUUGAAAAAUAAAAUAUUUUCAGAUGUUUUUAUU